CGGUUUGGUAAAACAAUUUCGUUAGUUUCUUAUUCCAUACUCGGCCAGCAAAAUGAAGCAGUUAUUGGUGAUUUUGUACAGUGCCUUAGUGGUGACCAAUGCCCAAUUGCCGGGCUUCAGUUUUGGUCCUAGUGGAUUUGGGGGCUUUUCACUUUCGAAUCCUUUGUUCAACGCUUCAUUCGCGCCUGCAAAUCCGGUAGAUCGUAUUUCGGACAUUGCUUCAAGGUUUAGGGACGUAGCGAAUAAUGUGCAACGUAAUCUUCCAAAAAUACCGCAAUUUACUAAUCCUCUGUCAGCAUUCUCUCGAUUUGCAAGACCGACAAGUUCAAGUGGUUCGACAAAUGCGAACUCCAACAACAAUCAGAAUUUCAAUAGCAAUCAAGCGAAUGAGGGCACCAGUGGCGCCAGAAAUGCCAUCAACGAGGUGCUGAAUCGCAUACCAGGACUAUCAGGGGUACCACGUGUACCAGAAAUACCUAAGGUGCCAGAAAUACCGAGUUUCGGAAACCCGAGUGAUGUUUUCGGUCCUUUUGUGAACUCUUUGAGAAAUAUGACUAAUCAAGGCAUCAACGACCCCGGGCAGAUGUUUAAUCAGGUGAACAAAUUUUUACCCGAUGUAUCUCGCAUUGCUAAUAGCGUUGCUAACUAUGCUAAGUCCGCUGCCAAUUCUGGAAUAUGGAAGAAUAUAUCCAACGACAUCAAACAUGAAAUGCAGAAUAGAAUUGAGUCGAUGACCCAAAUGCUAUCGAACAUAACUUCUGCCAUGAAAAAUAUUGCCCAAAGUUUACCCAAUUUAAUGCAGGAUCAAAGCCUCAACACUACACUUCGCAAUCAACCAUUCUUCUUCCCAGGACAUUCGGGAAUUGUUCACCUGUUCGAGUGGAAAUUCAGCGAUAUUGCUGAAGAAUGUGAGAAUGUGCUGGGACCUAACGGGUAUGGCGGUGUGCAGGUUUCUCCGAUCAACGAGUACUUGGUAUCGCCAUCACGAGCUUGGUGGGAAAGAUAUCAACCUAUAUCUUUCGAAAUAAAGUCACGAUCGGGUAACGAGAAGCAAUUCUCGGAUAUGGUGAAGCGUUGUAUGAAAGCCGGCGUUCGAAUCUACGUGGAUGUAGUAGUCAACCACAUGGCUGCUCCUGGGGCUUCAGCGCCUUUGUAUGGGACGGCUGGAUCAACUUGUGAUCCGCAGGCUAGGGAUUAUCCAGGUGUACCGUUCAACAGGUCCCACUUCCACGCUGAUUGCCAGAUCAACGAUUACAAUAAUGCGACUAAUGUUCGGAAUUGCGAGCUAGCUGCGCUUCCGGAUUUGGACCAAUCCAAUAGAUUUGUCCAAAACAAGAUCAUCCAAUAUUUGAAUCAUCUCCUCGAUCUUGGAGUGGCAGGAUUCAGGAUGGACGCUUGCAAACAUAUGCGACCAGAAGAUCUUAAAUCAAUUUAUGUUCGCCUAAAGCCAGUCAAUGCAAUGUUUCUUUUUCCACCUGGUGCAAGGCCUUUUAUCUUUCAGGAAGUGAUCGAUUUGGGUACUGAAGGCGUUUCAGCUAAAGAAUAUACCAAUCUUGGAGUUGUAACGGAGUUCAAUUGGUGUAUUGCAGUGGGAGGUGUCUUUCGAGGAACAACCAAUGCGGAUGCCUUAGAAUUGCUUACGAAGAAUGGUUCAGCUGGGGUUCUUCUUCCGUCAAGUCAGGCUCUGGUGUUCGUAGAUAAUCACGAUAACCAACGAGGUCAUGGAGCCGGAGGUGAUUCUAUCUUGACCUAUAAGACAAAACGGCAGUACAUCCAGGCAGUGGCGUUCACUCUUGCCACCGAUUACGGAAUUGCGCGGGUUAUGAGUUCAUACAAUUUCUCGGAUCCAGAUCAAGGCCCCCCGCAAGAUACCGUUCAAGUAAUAAAAUCACCCGGAUUCGCAGCGAAUAACUCAUGUAGCAACGGCUGGGUAUGCGAACACCGUUGGCCAGAAAUUAGGAAGAUGAUCCAAUUCAAGAACUUCGUAGCUGGUUCAUCGCUGGACCAUAUACAAGCGACACAAAACACGUUCGCUUUCUGUCGCGGAGAGAAGGGUUUCAUCGUCUUCAACAAUUCUGAAAACACGAUCACGCAACAGUACCAUACGUGUCUUCCACAGGGUCAAUAUUGUGACAUCAUUUCCGGAGAAGUUUCACAGAGCACAUGUACAGGAACCGUAGUUAAUGUUGAUGCAAAUGGUGAUGCAGAAAUAACGCUCCCCAAGAAUUCAAUUGUAGCCAUUUAUGUACCUUCAAGGCUUUCAUAGAAUGAAUGAAACACUUGUAAAAUUCAGCAGUAGGGUUUAUUAUUACAAAUAAAAUCAUGUGGUGUUGGGAUAGAAUACCAAGCAAACUA